AAUGACUCUUGGGCUACGGUAAAAUGGCGUCCGCUUGUAGUGGAGACAUGGAGACUACUAGAGGACAGUUGUGUGUUAGUUAAAAAUAGAGCGUUAUAAAAGGGAAAGGACUAGAAAUAGAGAGGGCACAGAGACACAGAAAACAUGGCCGCCCCGACGCCUCAGCCCCACAACCGCGGACGCAAGCAGGAGGAUGACGAGGAGGAGGAGGAUCCUGUGGAUCAGAUGAUCUCGCGGACCGGUUGCACGGCUCUGCACUAUGCGGUACAGGAGUGCAUGGCGGAGCACGGGGACUGGAGGCGCUGCCAGGAGCAGGUGCAGAACUUCAGGAACUGUAUGCAGGACCAUCAGAAGAGGAGGAUGGAGGAGCUGAGGAAGAAGAUGAGCAACAUGGCCGACCCCACGUCUUAGGGGAUGAAGCGCAGUGCACCCCACACUUGACUCCGCCUCUUACACCUGCGUCAUAUGCCUGGGUAUAACGCCAAAUAUAGUCACAUGACAAGGACAGCAGUGACAGUGUAUGUAUGUAUAUAUAUAUAU